ACCGCCUUGAAGAUUUUACAUCCGGUGUCCUAACCCCGGAAGCGGCUGCUCGUGAGGGAAGGCGCGAUGGCGGCGGUGAACGAGGAGGACGGCGCCUGGCCGGAGGUGACGGACUCCGGCCGGCGGGAGCUGAGCCUGACGGCGGGGCCGGAGCUGGAGCGGCGCGUGCGUGCGGCGGGGGGCCGGCUGCCGUCGGCCCUGGGCUCGCUGGGGGCGUCGCUUCGCUCGCUGGAGGUGCGCGGCGGCUGCGCCUGCCUGAGGGAGCCGGGCCCGGCCCUGGGGCGGCUGACGGGGCUGCACACGCUGGCGCUGCCCGGCUGCGCGCUCGGCCCGGCGGGGCUGGCCCAGGCAGCGCGCCUCCUCCCGCCCACCCUCCGCGUCCUCGACCUCUCGGGCAACGCGCUGGAGGAGCUGCCCCCCGAGUUGGGCGGCGCCGAGGCCGGGGCGGGCGAGGCCAGAGGGAGCGCCGGCGCCCUGCCCGAGCUGCGCCUGCUCAACCUGCGCCGCAACCGCCUGCGCCAGCUGGGGCCCGGCCUGGCCCUCCACGCCCCGGCCCUGCAGGAGCUGCUGCUCGGCGGGAACUGCCUGCGCGCCCUCCCCGGGGGCCUCCUGCCCGCGCCCAGCCGCGCCCCGCCCUUGCCCCUGCUCGGCACCCUCGAAGCCGCCGGCAACGAGCUGGAGGAGCUCGGCCCCGAGAUCGCCCGCCUGGUCGGCCUCAAGACCUUGGACAUCUCCAAUAACAAACUGUCUGAAAUCCCUGCGGAGUUAGCAGACUGUCCAAAGCUGAAAGAUGUCAAUCUGAAAGGCAAUGCCCUGAAAGACAAACGCCUUGAGAAGAUGGUAAACAGUUGCCAGACAAAAUCCAUCUUGGAGUAUUUGCGAGUUGGAGGGCGAGGGAGCGGCAAAGGGAAAGGAAAACAGGAUGGCGCAGACAAAGAGGAGGCUCGGCGGAAGAAGAGAGAGAAGCCAAAGAAAAAAGCAAAUAGUGAUUCGGAAGAUGACGAGACAGAAGAGGCACAGAAGCUGCUGGUCAGAGUGCUCCACAUCUCCGAGAAUCCAGUUCCAGUAAUUGUGAAAGCCAACCCAAGAGUCAAAGAAGUCCGUCCCUAUAUCGUGUGCUGCGUGGUGAAAGGAAUGGACUUCCAGGCAGGCAAUGCUUUGAAGAGGUUUCUUUCUCUUCAGACCAAACUCCACGAGGACAUCUGUGACAAGCGAACGGCAGCCACCAUCGCCACUCAUGAUUUGCGACUGGUUAAAGGUCCUCUCCUGUAUGAUGCUCGACCUCCAGACGAUUUGAAGAUUGCUCCCUUGGGCCGGAAAGAGAUCAAGGCAAAAGACCUCCUGCGCCAGCUGCAGUUAGAAGCUGAUGAGCAGAGGAAGCAGAAGAAGAGGCAGAACAUUUCUGGGCUGCACAAAUACCUUCAGUUGCUAGAUGGGAAAGAGAAUUACCCCUGCCUUAUAGAUGCUGAGGGUGCUGUGAUUUCGUUCCCACCCAUCACAAACAGUGAGAAGACAAAGCUUGGAAAGACAACUUCCGAUGUCUUUCUGGAGGUGACAAGUGCCGCCAGCCUACAGAUUUGUAAAGAUGUGAUGGACACUCUCCUUCUGAAAAUGGCAGAGCUGAACAAGUUCACUGCUGAGAAUAAGGAUGGGGAAGUGAGUUCUGAUCCCGAAUCAAACGAGAUUCUCCCAUGCAAAAACUCGGCCCUCAAAGAAGUUCCCAAGAAUUCCCCACUAAUGCUGGAACAGGUUCGGGUGGUCGACAUGGAUGGCAACUUAAAGGUCCUUUACCCUUCAAAAACUGAUCUCAGUACAGUCUCGUCUCUCCUCACUGUAAUUCAUUAAGCACCAAUGGUUUCCUCGCCACACAGCUUCUUUUUGAGGGCUCGGGUGUAUAUUCUACCAUAGCCUUGUUUUGCAACAUUUUCAUGUUGUACAUCACUGCUUUCCUUUGCAGAGGAUUCAGGCAGCGGAAUGGGAUGUUGUAGGUCUCGUGGAAGAUUCCAAGGCUGCUUUGGUUCAUCAAACGUAACUAACCUCAUGCCCAAUCCUGGAAGCAACACAGAUUGCUCUUGGAUCACGGUGCUGAACCAUAUUUAUUUUUACACAAUAAUGGUAUUGCCCCCGGGGAACUCAAGCUUCAUUGGUGCAUUGUCUCACAAUAACAGCCCUGUUUGGCAACUCCCUUUUUGACAUGGGAGGAGCAGGCAAAAGCCAACAUUGCUGACUCUCUCCUGACCAGCCAAGGGCUCUUUAACCUCCUCCUCUCCAGUGUAAAAAGAAACAGCCAGGGCUUUCACAGAGUGUUACACAGUUGCUCCAUCCUGUGUGUGAACACGGAUUUGUGUAAGGGGAGACAUCAUCCAAAGCCUCUUGACACUGUUAGCCCUCUUACGUUGCUCUCUCUGCUAGUUAAGGUGAAUUUGAUUGUUGCAUAAGGGGGAGUGGGAGGAGAAUCCCUGGGACGGGAGGCUCUGGUGGCAGCAAAGUAAAAGCCUUCAUGCCCAUUGGUUCAGUUCCUAAGCUGCUGCAGGCAAGGAAUCAAAUGACUGACAUGUAGUUUUGAAAGCAAGUUUGGUUUGUGUCAUGAAAAGGUGGCUUCUGCUUGCCCCUGGGUCCAUUGCGCGACACUCUUUUGACCUAUGAAGUCAAAAUCACAUGGGAUGCCCGCCAGUGGGAGCAUCCUGAAAAGCCUCAUGGUUUCUCUUCUUCGUGUGUUGCCAGGCAGCAUAAGAUGAAGCCACAGAAGCACAGUGGCUGGAGCAUGAACCGGGCCUGUGAGCUUGUGUUUCUUGAACUAGCAGCUUCCACCUCGCCCCAAACACUUCCCCCUAGUAAACCACUUUUCACACGCAUGAUCCUUUCAGAAGUUGGAGAUCGCAACAAAGCGGGGAUCAGAAUCUGUCAUUUGAAGAGAACUCAAACGUCCCGCUCUUGAGCAUGCCUAAAGUACCUUUUUAACAUCCUGUUUCUAGCACUUACUGGAUCGCAUGGAGAAAUAUGUCCAACAAAUGGUGUCAAAAGAUUAGGAAUAAAAUUGGAAAUACAAACUCA